AGUCACUGCAUCGGGUCCAUCUGCACAACUCCUUGUCUUCCUCCUUUUUAUUCUUUUUUUCCACUUCUCCCUCUUUUCUGUUUCUCUUCCUGAUUGUAUUUACUCCUUCCACCCCCUCCCUCCCAUUCAUCUGUCUACCAAUCUAUCUAGAAGCACAGGCAAAGGCAGCAACUCCAUCCCUGUCUCUCCAUGGAAAUACAGUGGACACAAUAAGCAGGGGGCACCAGGAGAAGACAUUUGGCCAAGUUGCCCCUUUUUUUGUGAUUUUUCAUAUCCAUAGGAAUAUAUCCAAGGAGUAUUUCUGGUAAGUGAGAAUGCAUGUGUCUCUCUGAGCUGGGAAAUGCUCUGAACCUGCAGGACGGAUUUAAUGACAAGGAGUGGGAACAGGGAGAGCCUAAAUGUGAUGUUCAAUGAGAGACACACAAUGCUUGGGACUGCUCUGGGCAAUGGAAGGACUCUAACCCCAAUUAGUCAGUGUGUGCCUUUAGAUUUGUUGGGGAGAGUGGGCACUGAUUAUUCGAAAAUAGGGAUAAGCAGUAUACUAAUCUGUUCCUGUUUCUUCAGCUAUCAGGGUGUCUGAGAGAGAGCUUAGAGAGCUUUGACUAUUCUUUUGUAUAAAUGUUGCUAUUGUUAAUUUAGAGAUUCUAGAAUGAGAUCGCUGCUCUGUUAGGAUACAUACGUAUCAUCGCCAUGUGUCCUGAGUUGCUGUCCCCAACCAAGGUUCAUCAGGGAGGUAUAUGCAAAGGAACCUAUACUAUAUGUUCAUAUAUACCAUACAAGUCAUAGCAACCCCUAGCUCCUUAGUAUUUAUUCUAAGAUUGAGUAAUACAGGGGAAAAGUGAUGUAUAUUUAUAUAAAUCCCAUAUAGCAUGUGACAGAUUUAUUUUGCUUUUCGAUAUACAGGUAUAUAUAUAUAUAUAUUAUUUUGAUAUAAUAUAUCAAUAUUUCGAAUUAUCUUUAUAUUCAGAAUUAUGUUUAUUUUCUGUAUUUUUUUUUAAUUAAACAUGCAUCUGAGGCGCCGAGAAUAGUUGACACGCUCAUUUAAAGUACACAUAUUUUUUUAAAAAAUUUGUGUUAAUUUUUUUAAAUAACAAUAAGUGGAAAUUCUAAACUUUAGUCUUGUGGGAUUUAAAGUGUUCGACAUAUGCAUUGUUUCAGAACUUUACAUUCAGAAGAAAAUGCGAAUAAAAAUAUAGUAUAUGCAGUAUAGUAUAUAUUAGUAAUAUAAUUAUAAUUGAUAAUGAUGAUGUAAUUAGUAAUAUGUUAUUUGUAAAAUAUUCAAUGAUGCUUAGUUAUUGCUAAACGAGCUGAGCUGUAUGGCUCAUGUAAAGACGCAUGUGACUGCAUCUACCCCCGUGUAUGACAUGAUGACUGGGACUCACCCCCAUCCACAAAUAAGCGUGUCGAGGUAAAAAAUAAUUACCUCUGCUUGCUGCUUUUAAUUAAAGUCUCUGAGGGGAAGAGCUGGAUUAUGGUAAUGAGCAGACAUACGUUCCCUCUUGUAGACUAGAAGCCAAAGGUUGGAUGACAUUAAAUCACAGACAUUGACAGUCCAUUGAAAUCCAUUCUCCAUGCUCCUCUGACACACUGUCCUAGGUCCCAGACAGGACCCAAUUUACUAAGGACAGCCUCGGUGCUUACUGUAAAUGAGUUCUAUCAGCCACAUAAUCGAAUGGACGUGUUUUUCAAAUAUCAGUUGUAGAAUGUCUACAUUCCAUGCCUCCUGUUAAUGGAUGGUACUCCUUGCUGACCCGUUCCUAAGAUCCAUUAAGGCUCCUCUCCCUUAUUGAUUGACACCGUGCACCCUGAAUGUGUUUAUUUGUUGAUACAUGCUCUAAUUCCAUGGGAUAAACGUCACCUCACCCCCUGUGCCCUGCUCUUUACAGGAUAUGUCAGUCAUGGAAGAGGCAGGAGUGCAGAAGACCAUUUGGGAUGGAGAUGCCAAAGCUGUCCAGCAGUGUCUGACGGAUAUAUUUACAAGUGUAUACACCACCUGUGAUAUCCCAGAGAAUGCAAUCUUUGGCCCCUGCGUGCUGAGCCACACUUCACUCUAUGACAGCAUAGCUUUUAUAGCACUCAAAUCCACAGACAAGAGGACUGUGCCCUAUAUAUUCCGGGUAAGAGCUCACACUGUGAUAAAUGGGUAUAUGGAUCUCUGUUUAAAAAAAGAAUUAAAAAACAAUAAAUGAUAUAUAUACAAUCAUUAAAAACUGGAAAUGUUAUAUAUAUCAUAUAUAACAUAUGUAUAUAAUAUAUAUACACAUAUAACAUUUCCAGUUUUCAAUGAUUUUUGCAAUUAUGUAAAGCUUAUCUGCACGCAUAGAUGUUUCAUGUUUUUGUGUUUAGUGUUACUGUGUAGAUUUGUUUUUGCCUAGAUAUGUUUAUAUAUUUAUAGUAUAGAUUUUUUUUUAUAAAUGCAAGUUUAUUUUUUUUAUCCAGAAAUAGAUAUCCAGAUAUAGAUUUAAUUUAGAAGUUAAGUAAUUUAGCAAAAUGCACCUGCUGUAUAAAAAAGAGUGGAGGUGGUUAAAUGCUAUUGUCACAGAAAUAUUCAUUUUUUUAAAUUAAUCUCAUAAUCCUGUGGCCAGAAUUCUAGUAUAUUAUCCAUAUAAAACGCAGAGUCCAUAGUAUAUUAAAUAUUACUAAAUUACAUAUAAGAGUCCAGACUGCUACUUUAUUCUGAUUAGAAUUAUUGAUAGACAUAUCGUGGGACCGUUAUAAAGAACUCGACAUUCUAAUAAGAGUCUGGAGUUAGGGAUCCAGAGAAUUGACAAUUCACAGGGACCAUAUGGAGGGCUGUCAUGCCAGGGCUGUGUGAUUGUCUUGGACAUGAGAUUUCCAUUGCUUUUGAUGGGUUUUGUCCAUAAUAAAGCUCCGUUGUGCAUUGGGCUCUCCCCUGCCUUGUGUGACUAUCUAACCAUCUUGUGCCUCUGUUAUCCGUGUCUUCUCUGCAGGUGGACACCUCAGCUGCUAACGGUUCCUCCGAGGGGCUGAUGUGGCUCCGUCUGGUGCAGUCUGCCAGGAACAAAGAGGAGCAGAAUCUGGAGGCUUACAUCAAGAAUGGGCAACUGUUCUACCGCUCCCUGCGCAGGAUCGCCAAGGACGAGGAGUUAUUGGUCUGGUACGGGAAGGAACUGAUUGAUCUCCUACUGCUCAGCCAAGUCAGGACAUCUGGAAAAAACACUGGUAGGUUGAAAAACUCUCCUAACAUGACUGCUUGUCCUGGCAGACGGAGCACGGAAAGCUUACCUUUCCCUUUUCCUUUUCCUUUUCCUUUCCCUUUCCCUUUCCUUCCUCCCCUCGUUCCCUCAAAAUGUUGCAAUUGUAGAAUAUAGCACUAACUGAAUAUUAACAUUAGAGUAGAGAUUUACAGAGAAAAAACUAUUGCGAUUCACCGAACUCUAAAAGCCCCUCAGUUCCCACGCUGUGAAUAUAAAAUAAAAGACGUAUAAGAAAAAUAAGGUUGAAGCACAUCUCGUCCAGUUAUUUAUUUUAUAUUAUAUGCUGUAACAUACUUAUUGAGCAUGGACUUACAGUCACAAACUGCCCAGGAUUCUUUUCUCUAGAUAUCUGAAGUAUAAUUCCAAAGUUUGGUGUGAUUGAUGUUAAUAUUUUGCUGUUGCAUUUCACAUAUUACAUGUCAUGUUAUACUGUUAUCUGAAAGAUUUUUCUUCUUUUGCCCAAACAGGCUCCUCCUCUCAGCUCACCUGCCAGGACUGCAGCCAGAGGUUCCAGUAUGAUUUUCCUUACGUGGCCCAUGUGAGGUUCCGCUGUCCCAAGAGGGUUCACAACAUGGACUCCAACUCUGAGCAGGUGUGCAAGGAGAACCGAGAGCUGGAGCCUCGAAAUGUCCUGAUAAGCCCAGCCAAAUACAGCAAAUUAAGCCUCUACCAACCUCAGAAGGAGAACCACAAGCCCACCACAGACUUUCACAACCUGGCCAGGGACAUGGAGAAUUUUAGAGGACAUUCCUCCUCCUCCUUCAGCUCUUCACCUUCUCCUAAGGCCAACCUUUCACGCCAGGACUCUGAAUCUGAGAGCCACCACAAAGCCAAGAGGAAAUAUGAUGACUUACUUGAGGAAAAUAGGUCCAGAAGGAUGGAUGCCUCGAUAAGAUUUUUGGACAGACCAAUGCCUUCUUCCAAAGAGGACUUAGUAUGUAGCCCUCAGCCAUUCCGAGCAAGUUCUUACUACAGUUUAGAAGAAGGUGGACAGUUAUUUGCCCCUCCUAGUCCAGAAACAGGAGAGGCCAAGAGGAGCGCUUUCGUGGAGGUUAAAAAAGCCUCCAGGGGUGUGGCAGAGAAUGACUUGGACUCAGACAAUAAAGCAGCUUCUCCAUCCCAUGCCAGCAGCCCAACUGAGGACAAGAGGUUGCAUGCCAGGCCAGAAAACCAGGUAGAGGAGACCUCUGGUCUUGGUAGUGCCUUUAAUAGUGUGCCCCAGAUGAAUAACCAGGAUCAGGAAAGAAAAAGCGCAUUUUCCCAGCCAACAAGGAGCAGUUUCAGUCAUGUGUCUCCACUGCAGGUAAUGGGACAGAAGCUGGUCUCCAGUGGGGUAAAUUUGGAUUGCCAUACAGACAGCAUUGGUGGGGGCAGACUCUUCCCAUCGGAUCCUCUCUCUGUCAAAUUGCAGGGAUCCGAAUUAAAUGGCAACUGCACUCUACAGGGCACCUUACCAAAGCAAAGCCCCUUUUUGUUUGCCACCACGUUCUGGCCAAAGAGCUCAGCCGGUCCCCUCCAGCUGCAGCUGCCUUCCACUUUGACCUUGCUCCCCCCUUCUUUUACCUCCCUGUGUUUGCCUGCACAAAACUGGUGUGCCAAAUGCAACGCUUCUUUCAGGAUGACCUCAGAUUUGGUUUAUCACAUGCGGUCUCACCACAAAAAGGAAUACGCAAUGGAACCUCUGGUGAAGAGGAGGAGAGAGGAGAAACUUAAGUGUCCUAUAUGCAACGAGUCAUUCAGGGAACGCCACCAUCUCUCCAGGCAUAUGACAUCCCAUAAUUAAAUCCCAGUGGACAAUAAAUUAAGAACUUGGAUGGUCAUUAUGUAUCCCUUUGCUUUGGAACCAAGACUUGAAGUUCAAGAGCAGUGGUUGAGUCAAACACACAACCACCGCUGUUCUAGAACGUGGACCUCUAAAUAUUCUCGCACACUAACAACUGAGGACUUCUGAUCCCCCAACUCUAAAACUGUGUGGGUCCUCUUUGAAUGCACGCAUUUUCACUUUCCAAAAGUACAUUUUUAAAAUGUCA